AUGCCUCCCACGACUUCAAUACCACGCUUCCUAUUGCCUCAAAGAGGAUCAAUAUGGCGCACUCGACUUUCAACUCCCUCUUCAACAGCCCUCACCAUCCGCCAUGCCUCAAAAGUGCCCAAACCGAAAGCACCAGCAAAACAACCUGCUAAGCAAUUCGUUCUCGAGAAGCCCACAAAAUUCGUCCCUCCAUCUCAUGGCGCACGUCUGAGAAAAGAAGCGCCGCGAUACCCAGGUCCGCAAUUGUCAGAGGAAGAAUCAGCAGCGCAGAAGUCGAAGAAAUACCCGAAUAUGAUGCCGCCGGACGGGACGUUCAUGCAUUGGUUUGUCAAUAACAGAGCUAUACACUUGUAUAUCACUCUCGGCACAUUAUUCGGGUUGGCAGGCACAGUCUGGGUGACCAAUUUCAAGCGCAAUUCCCCUUUCGCAGACAUGCUCCCCGCAUGGUCACAGCUCUUCGUGCACCCCAUUGCUUUCUUCCGAACGUUCCUGGAAGUCGUCAAGAUGAAUUCGGAUUAUGUGACUGCGGAGACAAUGGAGAGACGGAAGCGCAAGGUGGAGGACGUUGCAAAGAGGGCUGCGUACAGGAAGGCGCAUGGGCUGGACAGAGAUGAGAGCUUUGGAGGCUGGACCGCGAAAACCGAUAAACAGUUGCUGGGACCUGGUAUGCCUGUUGAAAGUGCUGAAGGUGUGGAGGGAGAAAGGCAGAGUGAGCCGGUCGUGAGAGAAAAGCGACCAUUGAAGAAGUGGUUCGGAAUUUGGUAG